CGGACUUGCGCGUGCGCCCCUGCGCCUUCUCCACACGCUGGUUUCGCGUCUUCCGUGCUGUGCCUUGAGGAGCGAGGAGGCUCCCGUGUAGCGGCGUCGUGGGUCCUGGCAGCCCCCGCCAUGGGCAAAACGGUUGCUUCUCUGGGUCAGGGAACCCGACCCGACCCGGUGCGGAGCUUUAAUCGCUGGAAGAAAAAACACAGCCACAGGCAGCACCAAAAGAAGGAGCGGAGGAAGCAGCUAAAGAAGCCGGAAUGGCAGGUCGAGCGCGAGGGGAUCAGCCGCCUCAUGCAAAACUACGAGAAGAUAAAUGUAAAUGAAAUUACAAGAUUUUCAGAUUUCCCUUUGUCCAAAAAAACAUUGAAAGGUUUGCAAGAAGCACAGUACCGCUUGGUAACAGAGAUACAGAAGCAGACCAUAGGGUUGGCUUUGCAAGGUAAAGAUGUGCUUGGUGCUGCCAAAACUGGAUCUGGCAAGACUUUGGCUUUUCUUGUUCCGGUGUUGGAAGCCUUAUACCGCCUGCAGUGGACUUCAACAGAUGGCCUGGGAGUUCUGAUAAUAUCACCUACUCGAGAACUGGCCUAUCAGACAUUUGAGGUUCUACGCAAAGUAGGGAAGAAUCAUGAUUUUUCAGCUGGUCUCAUCAUUGGUGGGAAGGAUCUGAAACAUGAAGCUGAGAGGAUCAACAACAUAAACAUACUGGUUUGCACACCAGGUCGACUUCUUCAACACAUGGAUGAAACAAUAUGUUUUCAUGCCACCAAUCUUCAGAUGUUAGUUCUUGAUGAGGCAGAUAGAAUCUUGGAUAUGGGCUUUGCUGAUACCAUGAAUGCUAUUAUUGAAAAUCUUCCCAAGAAACGCCAGACUUUACUGUUCUCAGCCACACAGACCAAAUCUGUAAAGGACCUUGCGCGCUUGAGUUUGAAAGACCCUGAGUAUGUCUGGGUUCAUGAAAAAGCAAAAUACAGCACCCCUGCUACGUUGGAACAGAACUAUAUAAUUUGUGAGCUGCACCAAAAAAUAAGUGUGCUGUUUUCCUUUUUGAGAAGCCACCUAAAGAAGAAGAGUAUUGUGUUUUUCUCCAGUUGCAAAGAGGUUCAGUAUCUGUAUAGGGUGUUCUGCAGGCUGCGCCCAGGGAUCUCGAUCCUUGCUCUCCAUGGCCGGCAGCAGCAGAUGAGAAGAAUGGAGGUCUACAAUGAAUUUGUCCGAAAGAGGGCCGCAGUACUUUUUGCCACUGAUAUUGCAGCUAGGGGACUGGAUUUUCCAGCUGUGAAUUGGGUCCUUCAGUUUGAUUGUCCAGAGGAUGCCAACACGUAUAUUCACAGAGCUGGUAGAACUGCCAGGUACAAAGAAGAUGGAGAAGCGUUAUUAAUUUUACUACCUUCAGAAGAGCAAGGAAUGGUGCAGCAGCUUCUCCAGAAGAAAGUACCUGUGAAGGAGAUCAACUAUUUGGCCAUCUAGCUUCUGAUUUAGAGGGAAAAAUAAAGGACUUUAAAGAGGUCGUAUGAAGAAGUUUUAUGAUCACAGCGAAAUUGAAGGGAAGUACAGUUGCUCCACAUUCCCAGCCCCAUAUAUGCAGUCUCCUCCAGUAUCUGCAUCCAACAAAUUGGAGACUUGUUGCAAUUUAGGAAUUAUAUUGACAUCGGUGUCACUUAAGAGUCUCGAUUUCAUACGAAGGUCUCUCUUGUGUCACUGUAAUUAGCAUUGGCGAGAUCCACCUUAGAGAGGAAGUACUUUGGCUCAUGGUUUCAGAGGUUGUGUUGGCAAAGAGGUAUGGCAGGGCAGAGCAGCUCUUCUGAUGGUGGGCUAGGGAGCAGAGAGAGAAUGCCUGAGCCUGAUGCUCCCGAUUCUAAUGCAGCCUAGUCUAGUUAACGAAAAAUUUAACAUAUUAGCCCUUUACUUUUGCGUGUAAUGUCAUUGCCAUACUUGAAGUCAUCUACAUUUUCUCCUAUGUUAGUUGCUAGAAAGUGUGUGUGUGUGUGUGUGUGUGUGUUUGUGCACUAGAGGUGGAUGUCAGGAUAUCAUUUUCAAUGGCUUCUUACCUUAUUAUUUUGAGAUAAGAUCUUUAACUGAACCUGUCUGUCUGUCAAGCUCCUAGGAUCUGCUUGUGUCUUCCCCAAUUCCAUCCCUAAAUUCCAAGCUGGGGCUUCAGGUGUGCAUGACUGGGUCCAUUUUAUCAAGUUGGUGCUGGAGAUCCAAACUCAGAUUUUCCUCCUUGUGUAAUAUUUUGCCCAUUUAAUCAUCUCCUGAGCCCUUUUCUGCCUUUUAUUUACAUCUGUGAUUCAAGUUGAAAUAAAAGUAUGUGCUGUAUUUAUGUGUUUACAUGGCCAGUUCUAAUGCCAUUUAUUAGAAAGACUAACUUUGUUCCAUUAUGCUGCUGUGGUUCCUUUGUCAAAGAUCUGUUGAUUAUACCUGUGGCUGUAUUUUUCUGGGCUCUGUUCUUCUUGGUUUGUUCUUUUGCCAGUUACUGUCCUGUCUUGAUUAUUAUUGCUUUAUACUAAGUCUUGAGGUAGGAGCAUGACAGACCUGCAGCUUGUGUUUAGAAUCAGUUUAUUGAUAUUCAUAAAAUAGCUGGCUGGUAUUUGGACUGGUAUUACACUGAAUCUGCAGAUCAAGUGUGAAACAGAUUGAAUCCUUGACAAGAUAGAAUUUUCCUGAAACUGAAAAACUGUGAUUCUUUUUGAUUUCUAGCAUCAGAGUUUUUGGUUUUCUUUAUGUAGCUCUUGUUCAUAUUUUCUUAGAGUCCUGUCUCAGAAGCUCUUCUUCCCUUACAGCGUUAGUUUCUGCUGUCUCUGUCUGGUAAACAGAAAGCCUUUGCUAUAUUUGCAUUCUGAAGGCUCAUUAUAAUUUUUAUCAGUUCCACGAGCAUUUUGUUCCUUUCUUUUGAUUUUCCAAGCAGGUCGUCAAUCAUUUCACCUUCAAACAAGUAUCGUUUUAUUUUUUUCUUCUCCCAUCAGUAUGACUUUAGUUUUCUUUUUUUCUUCUGAUUUAUUACAUUGAAAAGCAGAUUUCUCUGCUUUGUUCUUAUCCUUUAUCAUUUUAUGUGGUUGGGUGUUUCGCUUGCAUGUAUGUCCUUAGUUUUGUGUGCUUCUGGUGCUAGUGGGAACCAGAAGAGUAUGUCACAUCCCCUGGAUCUGGAAUUACAGAUGGUUGUGAGCUGCCAUGUGUGUACUGGGAAUUGAACCUGGGUCCUCUUAAAGAUCGUUUAUUGCUUUUAACUGUAGAGCUAUUUCUCCAGUACCCCCUGCUUUGUUCUUGAUUUUAGUGGGAAUACUAGAAGUUCCUAUUUAUAUUAAGGAUGAUGUUAGCUCUAGCCUGUUUUUCCUCCUCUUCCUUCUCCUCCUCUUUCUUCUAAAGAAAAGACAUUCUUUAUUGAAGUUUUUUUAUUUCUAGUUUAUAAAUAACUUACAUUUUGUUACCUCCCUGUCCUUAUGUGAUGCAUUAUAUUGUCUGUUGAAUGAAUGUUGAACCCAUCAUGGUCAUACUAUAGAAUUAUUUAUUGGUUGGUUGGUUGGUUGGUUGAGAUAGGAUCUCAUGUAACCCAGGGUAGCUUCAAAUGUACUGUGUAGCUGAGGUAGUCUCCAAAUGCUGAGAUUAACCUGUGUAUGUGUUGUUAAUGUUGUUUAUACGUGUGGUGUAUUUGUGGUAUGUGCCUAUGUGCCUGUCUCCCUCUCAUCCUGAAGUUCAUCAAUUUGGCUACCUUGGCAGCCUAGCCAGUGAGUCUUAGGGUACCACCUGUCUGUACCAUCUCUCUGUAUCUUCCUCAAAAGGGCUGAGAAUACAGGAAUGUGCUACAGUGCCUCUGAAGAGCUGAACUUAGAUACUUAAAGUGUGGCAGGCACUUUACCAACCAGGUCAUCUCCCCAGUCCUGACAUCUUUAAAAAAAAUAUUGAAAUAAUUUUGCAGAAUACAGCAGAGAAAAAAAAUAAGAGAAAGAAUUUCUUAUUAAUAAGGGGCAUUGUGGAUUGAAAGGAUAUCUCUUGACUGUUUUUUGGGUUCUUUCAUUUCAAAGGAUCAUAACCUCUUAUUGAUGAUGUAUGCACUGGGCAUAGUGGAAUCUAUCAGUCUUCCUUUUAUUGGAGACUUUGAAAAAAAGCUUAAUUUGUCUAAAAGUAAUUUGGACUAAGAUACUAGCAGGACUGAUUAAAAAUAUAGAAGAUAAAAAUUGACCAUAAAUUGAAUUGUUGAAGCUAGUAUCUUUGUAUGUUUUGAAAAUUUUCUCUAAUAAUAAAGGAAAAACUGCUCUGUUUAUACUUUUUGUUUCCUUGUUACAACUCUAGAGUUGGAGUAAUAUAAUAAUUCAGUUUGAAGUUAGGAAAAAAAUGGAGUCUCUUGUGAGAUGUAGAUUCUUUGCUAUAUAUAGCCUAGUUAAGCAAAAUUUAAUGUUUCUGAUAUAUUUAAUUUUAACUAGGUAAACAGUUUUUAAUCUCUUACUUGAAAUAGAUUUUAUAUAUGAUUUAAAAAGAAGCAAUGUCAUUUGCAAAAAUGAUAUUGAAUUUCAUCUUAUUAAUUUAUGUCCUAUGGGUGUCUACUUUCUAGCUUUGUUAAAUUAAGAAGUAGCCUGUGCCAAUAAUUAUGUUAAUAUAGAUGGAUAAUAUAGAUAGCCUUCUCUUCCUCAUCAUUUGGUUAAAGAAAUCUACUGUUCUGUCAUUUUCUUCUUCCUAUGGUUAUUCUUGGUCCAUAGAUGAGAAAUAUGUUAAACACUUAAAAGCAAAUGAGGGGGCAUAAGAAAAUGUUAUGUAUUAUUUUCUGUUUUGAAAAAUGAGAUUGCCUUUUUAGUUAACCAUUAUU